AACAUUUCCACAACACGGAAGUGCGGUGCAGCGUUAAGUUUCUCCAGAAACAAGAAAUGUUUCUCUUUGCCACAGACUGCUAAAUUACAUCUAGUUCCAGUUAUGAAAGUGAAUGUCAGUAGCUCAAUGUAAGAGUUUAUAUAGUCAUUCAAGUGUUAAAGAAAAUUCACGGAUAUAACGAGUUUGGGACAUAUCUAAUCCACCAUGGAACCCACAGCUUCUGGAAUGUUCUGUAACAGAAUGCUUAGCAUGGUAAACUCUGAGGAUGUCAACGCCAUCAUCCAAGCCCAGAGGCACAUGCUGGACCGCUUUGAGAAGACCAAUGAGAUGCUGAUCAACUUCAAUGGACUUUCCAACGUGCGGCUGCAGCAGAUGAACGAACACUUCCUGCUUCACACGCGCACCCUGGUGGAGAUGAAGAAGGACUUGGACAGCAUCUUUAGGAGAAUCAGGACUUUAAAGGGCAAGAUCGCCAAGCAGUACCCAGAGGCCUUCAGCAACGUCCACGAGUCGCCGGUCCUGGAGGACGACGAGUUUGAUCCCACCCCGCCCAGUGUCGCCAGGAUGAUCACCGCCACCAUGUCGGGGCAGAGCACCGAGUCAUGUGACACGAGCCCCGAUGUCAUUUCCCCGAACGUAAGCCGGUGUUCCGAAGACCUCUCCCAGGAGCAGGCCGACACGCCCACCUCUGACCAAGGCCUGCCUAGCCCUGAAACGGACAUGCUGAGGGACGAGGGCCCGGACUCAGUGCCUGCAGAGUAGAGCCUUCGUAACCCAGGCCUAGGGCUCUACUCAGUACCUGCAGGGUAGAGCCUUCGUAACCCAGGCCUAGGGCUCUACUCAGUACCUGCACGGUAGAGCCUUCAUAACCCAGGCCUAGGGCUCUACUCAGUACCUGCAGGGUAGAGCCUUCAUAACCCAGGCCUAGAGCUCUACUCAGUACCUGCAGGGUAGAGCCUUCAUAACCCAGGCCUAGGGCUCUACUCAGUACCUGCAGGGUAGAGCCUUCAUAACCCAGGCCUAGAGCUCUACUCAGUACCUGCAGGGUAGAGCCUUCAUAACCCAGGCCUAGGGCUCUACUCAGUACCUGCACGGUAGAGCCUUCAUAACCCAGGCCUAGGGCUCUACUCAGUACCUGCAGGGUAGAGCCUUCAUAACCCAGGCCUAGAGCUCUACUCAGUACCUGCAGGGUAGAGCCUUCAUAACCCAGGCCUAGAGCUCUACUCAGUGCCGGCAGCGUAGAGCCUCUGUAACACAGGCCUAGAGCUCUACUCAGUACCUGCAGAGUAGAGCCUCCAUAACUCAGGCCUAGAGCUCUACUCAGUACCCGUAGAUUAGAUAGAAGCAGCAGGAGGCCAAUGUGAUUGAUUUAGCUUUUGGAGUUUUGACCAGUUAUCUGGUUUGUCGGGUCUGAAUCAGUAGCAGAUUUGAUGGUCAGGAUUUAAACCAGCACACUGACUGCUGUUCACCUGUAACCGCCAAGACUGUGUCCAAAGAUCCCUUUUGUUAGACACGCUUGUCCAUCACUCGCCACUAACAAUGAAGAAGAUACUUGAAUGUGUGUUGUGCUUGUGAAGAACUGAAUCCUUAAUUACUGACCACAGGAGGACUGCACCCAGCUAGUCAUUUGUUUGUUUGUGUGCACAGGAGUCUCUCUCUCUCUCUCAUUAAUAAUGGUUGAGCUUGGAAAUAUUCACUCAUUUAAAGAGGUAGUGAGCUUUGUUGGUCAUGGGUAAGCCUAUUGGAAGCCAGCUAAUCGCAAUAGUACGGCCUACCAAAAUAUGGUUCCAUUUUUUUAGUAACACACCUCAGUGUUAUUUACCCUAUUAAAACUAGAGCCUGACCGAUAAGGUUAUUUGGGUCCGAUUUUUGGGGGAACAAAACUUACCGAUACGGAUAUAUCUGAUAUACUGUUUUACAGUAGGGAAAUGAAAGUGUCAUUUUCCACACCGAAUUCUCCUAAAUUGCCAUUCAGAAGAGCAGUUGUCCAAGAAAUAUGCUGCUAAUGUUGAUUUCUAACAUUGUGACAUAAUGAGAAUGGCCGCAAACAUUCAGAUCAGCUUGAGAUACCCUUUUCCUCCCCAUCCUAUUUAUUGAAUAUUAGUUAUCGUGGAAUUGUCGGCUGAUACCGAUAAAGCGUUAAAAUGCCAAUAUCAACAGAUCAUUUCGGCGACGCUAUAUAUCGGUCAGGUUCUAAUUGAAACCUCACCACCACAGACUUUUUUUCUUUUUUAAACAUGCAAAAUGUGUGAGUCGCUGCAUGGAAGAGUUCAGUAUUAUUGUUUUCCGUUGUUUCUCGGAUAUGCAUUUUAAUUUGUUGGGAUGACUUGAGCUCGAGUACUAGGCUACAUUGUAAAUGACCUCUCGGUGAAGUGGAUAACUUAAGCUUUCUAAGUCUUUAUCUGUAUCACGAUUACGGUAAAUGUUACGUAACAACUUGAAUGCUAACUUAUGUUAUUUGGUUUGUUUAACAAUUAAAAUACUUGAAAUAUAA